AUGUCGAAUCCCCAAGACUACACGGUUGGCUGGAUAUGCGCCAUAAGUACCGAAUACGUUGCCGCGCGUGCUUUCCUCGACAAGGUACACGACCAAGCCGAAUCUGUGUCUCCUCACGAUGAUAAUAUAUACACACUGGGCGAAGUCGGAAAACACAAUGUGGUCAUCGCGACGUUGCCUGACGGCGAAUAUGGAAUAGCCGCAGCAGCAAGCGUCGCGGGAGAUAUGCUGAACAGCUUCCCAAAUAUCAGAUUCGGUCUGAUGGUCGGAAUUGGCGGUGGCGCGCCGAAUGAAAAGCAUGACAUUCGUCUGGGCGAUGUUGUCGUCAGUGCACCUCGCGAUGGAAAGGGUGGCGUGUUGCAGUAUGACUUUGGCAAAUCCAUCCAAGGUCAGGAAUUUCAUAUGACAGGAUUUCUCAAUCAGCCUCCCAGACUCUUGCGAGCGGCCAUGAGCGGCCUCAAAGCCAAAUAUGAGGAGCAAGGUCAUCAGCUCAAUGAUGCUAUCCACAAGGUUAUGGAGACUAGACCAAGAUUGCGGAAGAAUUACGAACGGCCGGACCAAAACAACGACAGGUUAUAUCAAAGCAGAUUCGUACAUCCUGUAGACGAUACAUUAGCCUGUGCGGCUGCUUGUGGUGAUGACCAGUCGAACCUUAUUUUGCGACCUGAAAGAGCCGAAGACGAAGACAACCCGGCCAUUCACUAUGGUCUAAUUGCCUCCGCAAACCAGUUAAUGAAAGACGCUUUGGUCCGGGACAAGCUGGCAGCGGAGAAGAACGUCUUAUGUUUUGAGAUGGAGGCCGCGGGGUUAAUGAACCGCUUUCCCUGCCUUGUUAUUCGGGGUAUAUGUGACUACUCAGACUCGCACAAGAACAAGAAAUGGCAGGGCUAUGCAGCAAUGACAGCGGCUGCCUAUGCGAAAGACUUGUUACUUGAGAUACCCCCUAAGAGAGUCCAGGAGGAAACAAAAAUCAGCGGCAUUCUCUCGGAUAUGACGGCCAUCCAAAAAGAUACCUCGGAACGCCUUCGCCAUGUGCAACAAGAUAUAAACCUUGCUAGGCUGCAGCCCGUUGAAGCCGCGGCGUAUGAUUCCCAUCACAACGAGCAUGAGCCGCGGUGCCAUCCCGACACUAGAGUCGAUCUCCUCCGCCAGAUCAACAAAUGGGUCGAUGAGCCAUGCGGCAAAUCCAUAUACUGGCUCCAGGGCAUGGCUGGCACUGGGAAGUCUACCAUAGCCCGCACUGUAGCCUAUGAUCUCGACAAGAGAGGGUCACUCGGAGCCAGCUUCUUCUUCAAGAGGGGUGAGGGGGACCGUGGUAAAGGAGCACGAUUUUUUCCUACCGUCGUCGCCCAACUAGUCCAUAAUUGUCCGGGCUUAACCGAGCGCGUUCGAAAUGCAAUCGAUACUAACCACUCCAUUGCUGAGAAGGCUAUACAUGAGCAGUUCAAGAAGCUUAUUCUACACCCGCUGAAGGAUGCCCGAUUAGAGCCGACGACGAAGAUAGUUGUGGUUGAUGCUCUUGAUGAGUGUGACUGUGAGGAGGAUGCUCAGACCAUUAUUGGCCUCUUGCCGCAGCUGAAGCUCUUAAAAACAGCCCGCGUAAAGUUCUUCGUGACAAGUCGACCGGAGUUCCCAAUUCGCUACCAAUUCAACACAAUCAGCGGCCAGUACCAAGAUCUGGUUCUACAAGACGUUCCAGAGUUGAUUAUUGAAGAUGAUAUUUCCAAGUUCUUAGCCCAUAAGCUAGCAAAAAUACGAGACGACUUCAGUAAGACAACCUGCCAGCUUCCUUCAGCUUGGCCUGGACAAACAAAGCUCCAGAAGCUGGUCAAGAUGGCCAUUCCGCUCUUCGUCUUUGCGGCGACGUCUUGUCGAUUUAUCGAAGAUAAAAGAUACGGCGGGGGUGGACCGGACGGAAGGCUGGAGCAGAUCAUUCAACAUCAGGUCAGGGGACAGAGAAGCACGAUUUACGAGAUGUAUCAUCUCGUUCUUAGCAAGUCAGUGAGAGAAGAGACAGUUGACGAGUUCCGAGAUAUUAUCGGCUCAAUUGCCAUCCUUGGCACCCCUCUCUCGAGCUCUGCUCUUGCGUGCCUCCUUGAAAUCCCGAAGAUAACUGUUGACGAGAGGUUGGAGAUGCUUCACUCCGUCCUCAGCAUCCCUACCGACCAGGACGCGCCGAUACGACUACUGCAUCUGUCAUUCCGAGACUACCUUGUAAAUCCUGAAAACCACAAAUCAGACCCAUUCUGGAUUGACGAAAAAGAGUCCCACGGAUUGCUGGUGACUAGGUGUCUUGAUCUUCUGAUGAACGGUUCUCUGAAGAGAGACAUCUGUGGUCUAGAAAUGCCUGGAAAGCUGCGUAAGGACGUCAACAGUGAAGCAAUCAAUAGAUAUCUACCAGCAGAAGGUCAAUAUGCGUGCCUAUACUGGGUGCACCACUUAAAAAGCAGUAGCAUCAGGCUUCACGACGGGCACCAAGCGUUCCAAUUUCUAGGAGACUAUUUUCUCUACUGGCUUGAAGCAUUGAGUCUUAUCGGGAGGCUAUUCGAUGCUAUCGGGCUCGUUGAGGAGUUGCAGAGCUUGGUCAAUCUUCAUAAUGGCGCCAAAGUCUCACUAUUUCUCCACGACGCCAAGCGUUUUAUCCUCAACUGUAGCUCUAUAAUAGGCCAGGCACCCCUCCAGCUCUAUUCCUCGGCGAUCGUCUUUGCUCCAGACAAAAGUAUUAUUCGAGAGAAAUUUAAAAACUAUGUUAGUUGGAUAACGACAAAUCCAAUUGUGGAAGAUUGGGACGCUUGCCUGCAGACGCUCGAGGGUCACAGUGACGUGGUAAACUCGGUAGCCUUCUCGCACGACUCGCAGCUCGUGGCGUCGAGCUCUAACGACCAGACGAUAUGGAUCUGGCGCGCGGACACAAGCGAGUGCACGCGAACGCUUAACGGCCACAGCGACGUGCUCGUGGCAUUGAGCUCUUACGACAAGACGAUACAGAUCUGGCGCGCGGACACGAGCGAGUGCACACGGACGCUCGAGGGCCAUAGCGGCCUGGUAAGCUUGACGGCCUUCUCGCACGACUUGCAGCUCGUAGCAUUGAGCUCUUACGAUAAGACGAUACGGAUCUGGCGCGCGGACACGGGCGAGUGCACACGGACGCUCGAGGGCCACAGCGGCCUGGUGUGCUCGACAACUUUCUCGCACGACUCGCAGCUUGUGGCAUUAAGCUCUUACGACCAGACGAUACAGAUCUGGCGCGCGGACACGGGCGAGUGCACGCGAACGCUUAAGGGCCAUAGCAGCUGGGUGUGCUCGACAACCUUCUCGCACGACUUGCAGCUUGUGGCAUUGAGCUCUUACGACAAGACGAUACGGAUCUGGCGCGCGGACACGGGCGAGUGCACACGAACGCUCGAGGGCCACAGCGGCGGGGUGUGGUUGGUGGCCUUCUCGCACGACUUGCAGGUUGUGGCGUCGAGCUCCGACGACAAGACAAUAUGGAUCUGGCGUGCGGACACGAGCGAGUGCACGCGAACGCUUAAGGGCCACAGCGACUUGGUAUUCUUGACAGCCUUCUUGCAUAACUUGCAGCUCGUGGCGUCGAGCUCUAACGACCAGACGAUACAGAUCUGGCGCGCGGACAUGGGCGAGUGCACGCAGACGCUCGAGGGCCACAGCAACGGGGUGACCUUAGUGGCCUUCUCGCACGACUUGCAGCUCAUGGUAUUGAGCUCUUACGACGAGACGGUACGGAUCUGGCGUGCGGACACGGGCGAGUGCACACGGACGCUCUGGGGCCACAGCGACUUGGUAUACUCGGUAGCCUUCUCGCACAACUCGCAGCUCAUAGCGUUAGGCUCUUGCGAUAAGACGGUACGGAUCUGGUGCGCGGACACGGGCGAGUGCACACGGACGCUCGAGGGCCACAUUAGCAGGGUGUGGUUGGUAGCCUUCUCGCACGACUUGCAGCUCGUGGCGUCGAGCUCCGACGACAACACAAUACGGAUCUGGCGUGCGGACACGGGCGAGUGCACCCAGACUAUUGAUAUAGGACUGUCUGCGAGCAUCUUGUCAUUUGACCCAGCUAAUAAUCGUUUACUAACUUCUAAUGGUGCUUUUACUAUACUCGGCAUGCCCUCAGGAUUCAAUUCUACGGAUACUCCAGGACCUCGUGUCGGUGGCCUCGCGCGCCACACUGGCUAUGGCAUCAGCCUGGGUAAACCCUGGGUGACGUUUAAUGGAGAAAACAUCCUUUGGCUACCAAUGGAUUUUCGUCCUACUUGCUCAGCUGUAUCAGAAUCAACCGUCGUUAUUGGAUGCAACUCGGGGAGAGUCUUGGUGCUUGACCUCUCCAAUCGUGGAAACUAA